UAUUAAUAGCAUUUCUUUUUUUAAGAGAAUAGUCGCUGCUGUGAGGUAUCUGUAAAUAAGACAUAAAAUCAAUCGAUAAAUAAAUGCUUAUAUAUUAUAAAAAUCACCAACGGUCAUUAAUUAUUAACUCUGUAGUAAAAUGGCGGAUCGGCUUACACAAUUGCAAGACACCGUUAAUCAGCAAGCGGAGCACUUCUGCAAUGCUAUUGGUGUAAUUCAACAAACGUCCCUUCCAAGUAAAUUUGUUAAUUUUGAACGCAUUGGACCCCAAACGCCAAUCCCAUGUCCGCCGCAAGAAGACUAUGCCCAAUUAUUUGCACAGUUAAUUGCACGAUGUGCUAAAGACAUCGACACCUUAAUCGAGUCUCUUCCAAAUGAAGACAGCUCCAUUGAACUCCAAAAUUCUAGCCUUAAGAGGCUCGAGAUCGAAAACCAGGGAACUGCAAGAGACCUAGAGGAAGUAGUGCAAAAAGGCGAACUUUUGCUAGAAAAAAUGCAGUAUUCUUUGGAAUGCAUUGCUCAGGCUCAAUUAGAUAUGCAAAUAACACUCAAACAUGAUUUACAAUAGCUGCUUAACACAUUUUUGUAUAAAGGCAAAUUAUUUUUAAAUUUAAGAUAAUGUAUUUAUUGCAUUUUCGUUCGUGUUUACAGAUCAAAUGGGUUUUAGUAUAUACAUAUUGUUUUUAUAAGUAAAGUAUUUUAGCUUAAUUUAGACCUAAACCAUUUUGAACAGCACCUCUGACCUCGUUGAUAUAAUUUUUAUAAUAAUUAAUUAUAGUUUUAAGUUAUAAAAAAAACUAUAUAUACUUACACGUACCCCACUUUGGAUUUUAUGAACAAAUUAAAUUUAUGUGCUCUAAAAU